GACAGGAGUGGACAGGCGAUAAAAAUGUUAUUUGUUAAAAAAUAUAUUUUUGUAAAUAUCGUAUAGAUGGGUGAAUGUAGAAUGUGAAUAAUAUGGGUGGCUGCAUCGGAAUAACUAGGAGUAGAAGCGGGCCCAUCGAGGAUUCAUCGGGUACUGUGUCACGGCCUAAUUCGGGCGGUCUACGGAAGAACCAAUCGCUGUGCCACGAGACAAUACGGUGGAAAUCCGACGUGCCUUUGACCGAGGGUCAGUUGCGGAGUAAACGCGAUGAGUUUUGGGACACGGCUCCCGCGUUCGAAGGUCGGAAGGAGAUCUGGGACGCGCUGCGGGCGGCGGCGGUGGCGGCCGAGGCUACGGACUUUCAGCUCGCGCAGGCGAUUCUGGAUGGAGCCAGUGUGUCAGUGCCUAAUGGAUACCUCACUGAGUGCUAUGAUGAAUGGGGGACCAGAUACCAGGUACCAAUAUACUGUUUAUCAGCCCCGAUAAACAUGGUGAAGGAAGCCAGCGGGCGCGACUCGCCGGCGGAGUGCUCGGAGCCCGUGGACGGAGGCGCGGCGCUGGCGCUGCGCCUGCGGCUGUCCACCGGAGGCCCUGACCUGGAUCUGCCCGUGUGUGCGAGGCAUACCAUCGCACACUGCAAGGCCAAGUUGCACGCGCAGGAGAACAUAUCGCCGUGGCGGCAGCGCUGGUUCUACGGCGGCAAGCUGCUGGGCGACAAACUGGUGGUAGAGGAGGCUCGCAUCACUCCUGGAUAUGUCGUGCAGGUCAUCGUGGCGGACGCCGAGCCUCGGCCGCCCAGCUAGUCGCAUCACAGACUGACAG